UCAUAUAGGAAGUGCUUCUGAGAAGUGGGAGUGCAAGCGGCUGCUUAUCUCCAAAUCCGUUCGACACCAUUGCAGCAUUGCUGGAGCUCACAGGGUGCCAUGGAAGCAGCAUCAGAUGAGGAGAGGCCACUGAUUCCUCAUCUGCCCUCACAGGAUGAAGAAGGUUCGCUUUAUACUAGCGAUGGAACGGUUGAUGUUAACAAUCAGCCUGCUCUGAAGCGAACCACGGGGAACUGGAGAGCGUGCUUCUUGAUCUUAGGCACCGAAUUCGUCGAGUGCUUUGUCUUCUUCGGAGUCGCAAAGAACCUGGUCACCUUCCUCACGGGUGAACUCCACGAGAGCAAUGUCGAUGCCGCGAAGAGUGUGUCUACCUGGAUCGGCACUUGCUUCUUCACACCAGUCAUCGGAGCCUUCUUGGCCGACACCUACUGGGGAAAAUACUGGACACUAGUAAUCUUCCUCUCCAUCUACACCAUUGGUAUGCUAACACUGACAAUCUCAGCAUCACUACCCCUGCUUAUGGACACACCACACAACAAUGGCAUUCGUCAUUUCACGGUGUACUUGGGGCUCUACCUUGUCGCCCUUGGCGAAGGUGGCAUUAAGCCCUGCACCUCUGCCCUCGGUGCCGACCAGUUUGAUGACGCCGACCCGGUGGAGAAGGUCACCAAGGCCUCCUUCUUCAACUGGUACUACUUCUCCAUCAGCAUCGGUUCACUGCUGUCCGGGACCGUGCUAGUCUGGGUGCAGGACAAUGUUGGGUGGGGAGUGGGGUUCUUGAUCCCGACUGUGCUCAUGGUGUUUGGGCUCGUCGCUUUCGUCGCCGGUCGGAGGGUGUACAGGUACAAGAAACUGGAAGGGAGUCCUCUGAAAAGAGUCACCCAGGUGAUGGUUGCAGCUGUAAGGAACUACAAUUUGGGGUUGCCUGAAGACUGUUCUGCUCUGCAUGAGGUGCCUUCCCCAACUGGACCAAAUUGCAAGAUUCAGCAUACCCCUCAAUUCAGAUUGUUUGACAAGGCUGCCAUCGUAGCGACAUCGUCCGACGAGAAAGGCGUAGAAGUGUCAAAGAACCCAUGGAGGCUCUGCACCGUCUCUCAGGUUGAGGAGCUGAAGAUGCUGCUCCGGAUGUUCCCCGUGUGGGCAUCAAUGGUGCUGUUCUUCACGGUGACCGCGCAGAUGUCGUCAACGUUCAUCGAGCAGGGCGCGAUGAUGGACACCCGCGUCGGUCCGUUAUCGGUGCCGCCGGCGUCCCUGGCGACCUUCGACGUCAUCAGCGUCAUGGUCUGCAUCCCGGUCUACGACGCCGUGCUGGUGCCGCUGGCCCGGCGCGCCACGGGCAAGGACCGGGGCCUGUCACAGCGGCAGCGGCUCGGCGUCGGCCUCGCGCUCUCCGUGGUCGCCAUGGUGUACGCGGCGCUUGUCGAGGCGAGGCGGCUGUCGCUCGCCCGUAGCGCGGCAGCCGGGCAGCCGCCGAUGAUGAGCAUCAUGUGGCAGGCGCCGGCGUUCGCCGUGCUGGGCGCAGGGGAGGUGUUCACGGCCAUCGGCAUCCUCGAGUUCUUCUACGACCAGUCGCCCGGCGGCAUGAAGAGCCUGGGCACUGCGCUUGCGCAGCUCACCAUCGCGGCCGGGAACUACCUCAACUCGGCAGUGCUCGGUGCCGUCGCCGCCCUCACGGCGCGUGGAGGGAAGCCCGGGUGGAUCCCGGACGACCUGAACGAGGGGCACCUGGACUAUUUCUUCUGGUUGAUGGCUGCUCUGGGCGUGGUGAAUCUGCUGCACUUCGUGCAUUGCUCCAUGAGAUACAGAGGCAAUAACAACAACACAGCUUUGUGACAAGCAUGCGUCAAUCUAUGGAAUCAAGACAACAAAACAUCUGCAGUAAUUCCUCCAAGCCCACAAGAAUAGUAGAAUAGACAAACUGUCAUGCAUGUGUCCAUACAUUUUUUAGAUAAUGGAAUAGAAUAUCCGGCUUCACUCUCCUCAUUGAGGGGGGGGAUCAGACCAACCUUAUUACACUUAGUAGCAACCACACAACGUUCUCACAAUUGUUGACAGCCAAUUCUGGCAGUUCAGAGGCCGACCGGUCAGACCGGUCUGUCCAGUUGUAAUCCGAGUAGGCUUCGUUUUAUUUUGGAAAUUCUUGUAUAAACCGACUUGGAGAGGGGUACGACUUCCCCGGCCUAUAAAUAUAAAGGCUAAGGCCGAUUGAGGUAUUCCUAAUCGAA